UUAAAAAGGGAAAUAACUCGAAAAUGGAAACAAAAAAGUUCGUAACACCUAAAUUUUAGGGAUGUUACAGUUGUUUGAAAUACCAGAAUGACAUUUUUUGUUACAAAGAAACAAAUAUUUUAAUUUGAAAUAACUAAUACACCAUUUGUGACUUCAAAAGUGUUAUGAUUUAACAAAGAAGUGAACCAUAAUGGAUGCUGAAGUUCUGACAGAAGUUCCGCAGAGCAUGAAGAGGCUGGUGCGUCUUGUGGCACGUGGUUUUUAUUCCAUAGAACAUGCCUUAGUGAUAGACAUGCUUGUGAGAAAUCCAUGCAUGAAAGAGGAUGAUAUGCUAGAAUUAUUGAAGUUUGACAGAAAACAACUUCGAGCAGUGAUAAAUACGCUGAAAAGUGAAAAAUUCAUCAAAGUUAGAAUGAGAGUAGAAACAGAUGCUGAGGGUCGGACUACAAGGCAUAAUUAUUAUUUUAUUAGUUAUGUUAUGUUUGUAAAUAUUGUGAAAUAUAAACUGGACCAUGUGCGGCGGAAAAUUGAGAUGGAAGAACGAGAUAACACCAGUCGGGCAUCAUUUAGAUGUGACGAUUGCCAGAAAACAUUUACAGAUCUCGAAGCGGACCAGCUGUUUGACUUCUUAUCUCAGACAUUCAAGUGUACAAUGUGUCAAAAUGAAGUGAUAGAAGAUGAAAGUGCAAUAAAUAAGACAGACGCACGGACGUUACUUGCCAAGUUCAAUGAGCAGAUACAGCCACUGUAUGACCUGUUGAGAGAAUGUGAAGAUGUGAGGUUAGCACCAGAACUCUUGGAGCCGGAACCCACAGAUAUCAGAUCUUCACAAAGACCAAAAAACACAAAAGCAGCAUCUACAGACAAAUGGAGUGGGGAUGCCACAAAAUAUACGACACAGUUUGGUUAUACAGAUACAUCUAUUAGUGUGUCUAUGAAUGAAGGACAGAAGAAAGAGAAAGAAGCACCAAAACAACAACCUAUCUGGAUGAAGAAGAGCACUGUUGAUGGUGUUCCCAUGGAUACCACAAAUGAGGUUACUGCUGAAGAUAAUAUAAUAUCAAGAAAGGACCAGGAUAAUCGACCCGAUGUGAAUCGCGAGAUUGAGAAUCUGUUGAUGAUACAUGAGAAAAAGACCAAUAUGAGUGUACCUGCAAUGAUUCCAGGCGUAGGAAAUGCUGAGGAGAGCGACAGCAGUGACAGUGAUGCAGAAACAGCACAGCCAACAGGGAUGUCUGCAGAAGUUGCGGAGGAUGAAAGUGAGGCUGAAGAAGAGGUUGUCAUGGUAACAGUAGCAGGAACUAAAGUACCAUUGUCAGAUGUCACAGACGAGAUGGUAGCAAGAAUGUCUCUAGAGGAGAAGGCAGAUUAUAUCAGGCUAGGUCAGGAAAUGUACCAGGAUAUGUACGAAUGAGAUACAUUUAGCCUACCACAUGGUUGGACAAGAGACUUGACUUCAAGAUAUUCUUCCUUGUUGACCUGCUGGGCAGAAUUGUCAUUUAAAGUGCAAUGUCCAUGUGUCGACCACACUUGCACAGAGUGCCACUUUUUAAAUGACAUUCAUUGUUUGAAUCUUUUUUUUGAAUAAUGUGUCAUAUGAUGUCAUAUUGAAGUGAGGUAUGUGGAAGAUUGACGGGGAUAUGUAGAAAAAAAAGGUCUUUGGAAGGUGCUUGCAUAUUUUCCCUAGGGAUAAAAUGUUAUAUUCUAGUAAAUAAAUACAAUUGUUGUCA